AUGAAGUAUCUUGCUGCUUACUUGCUCCUCACCGCCGGUGGUAAGGCUAACCCCACCGAUGCUGACAUCAAGUCCCUCUUGAGCUCCGUUGGCGUCGAAGCCGAGGAUGAGCGCGUCUCUGCCUUGGUUGCUUCUCUUAAGGAGAAGAACAUCGAUGAGGUCAUUGCCGAAGGCAAGGAGAAGCUCGCUUCAGUCCCUACCGGUGGUGCCGCUGCUGCUGGUGGUGCCGCUGCUGGCGGUGCUGCUGGUGCUGAGGAGGCCAAGGAAGAGGCCAAGGAGGAAGAGAAGGAAGAGUCCGAUGAAGACAUGGGCUUCGGUCUUUUCGACUAA